AUGUUAAGCUUACAGCGGCAAUGGAAAACAUUAAGCCUAUCAUUUGCCGAUGCAAUUCUCACCGUAUCGAUGAAUCGUCCAAAGGUAAAUGCAAUGUCACCUGAACUAUUGACUGAACUGGUUGAAGUGUUUGAUCAAACUUCGAAAGAAGACAAAGUCAGAGGUGUUCAUUUACGUUCUAAUCUGAAUUCCACAUUUUGUGCCGGUGCUGAUCUGUCGACUGUCUACAAUUUAUCUGUUGCUGGUAAAAAAUCGGCCAUUGAUAAAUUCGUUUUUGAAACACUUAGUCGCGGCAUGACAGCUCCUCUCUAUUGUUCUAAGCCAGUUGCUUGUUCUCUUGAUGGACAUACAAUUGCCGGUGGUCUAAUGCUUGCUCUUUCAUGCGAUUAUAUUGCUAUUGGCACACGAAAACCAUUUCGUAUCGGUAUAACUGGUCCUAUUGUUGGCAUUCCUUAUCCUUUAAAAGCAGUUAAACUUGUUCAACAUCAAUUGGACCCGUCCGUAGGUUAUCGACUUCUUGUUGAUGCUACUCUACAUUCGUCAAGUGAUUUUCCCAUUAAAUGUGAACGCAGCGAAAGCCCCGAUGAUUUAUCACGAAAAUGGCUGAAAAUGAUUUGUCAAAGGCCGUUACAAGACACUCUUGAUAACGAACAAGAAAAACAAGCAUAUUUUGAAGCUGUUACCAGUGAUGAAUGUUUACAAGCAAUGAAAAAUGCAUUGGCGAAAGAGAAAUCUUAA